ACCAAAGAUCUCAACUUUAACGCGCAUUAGAAGGAGGAGAAAUUAUUUUCAUCAAUAAAUCUAUGCCACAACAUACGCUAUCUGUGUGCAGUGGAUACACAGGAUGGAAAAUAAUAUUUUAAAGGAUAACGUUAUUUGUACCCCUCUUCCUCUCUCUGUUCUGCGACUGCUGGUCCCACCAAUUCGACUGGUCUCCGCAGCGAUAUGGCAGACCGUCCAACAGAAAGUUGUGACUGAUUAUGGGAUGCUUGAGGAGUUUGUUUCCAUGGUUACAGACAUUGUUCCAGAGCUACUGUCCACUCGCCAGAGGGCCCAACUUAUCCUGGGCCUCAGAGCACGGCUCAUUUUGGAGUUAUGUCAGUUUGAAGCUACUGCUGACUUUGAGAAUGUUCGUCCUCAUAUGGACAGAGUGCAAACGCUCAUUGACUCAUGGGUAAUGGAGGCUUGUGAUGCUAAUCAAGAGGUGCCACACCCAGAAUUUGUGGAUCUAGUUAAAAAGCUGCUGAAAAAUCCUGAUGAAAGGGAACACUUCUUUCAGAAUGUUUUCCCCAAAGAGUUUGGUCCCACAUAUGAUGAUGCACUUUGCACCUUGAUGUGGAAGUUUCUGUCCAGACUUGAACAGUUUCUUCCUCUUCAGACUUUCCAACAGAUUGCCUCCAUGUUUGGUGAGGCAUCCUCAGUUCUGGAGGAAUGUAUGGACUCUGUGUCUCGAUGUGAGGAGCUCAAAACCCUACUGCAGUAUCAAAAAGACCUCAGCCAACUGGAUCACAAUGAUGGUUCCUUGGAUGGCGCCUGCAUUAUUUCAGCUCUCAAACUUCCCUCUGGAGAGAGAACCGAGACAGAUAAACCCCAAGCCAACGUCUUGGAUAAUGUGCUAUCAUAUGCAUCAGAUUUGGAGAAGGAAUCUUUAACAUUGUCUCAUACAACAGAGAUAAAAAUAGACACAGCUGAAGAUCAGACAAGUGAGAUGGAGGUUGAUGACUCUCAUUGGACUCCUGGUGAAAAUGGAACAGAGAUGCUUUUUGGAGACAUUACAAGACAUGAAGAAAAUGUAGGCCUUCCUCAGAGUCAAGUGGAGGAUGCAACUGGCCUUCUAAAACAAUGCCGUGUUCAGCUAAAAAGACUGGACAUGCCGAACUCUUUGCAGUCUCGACCUGUGAGACGAAACAGAGGCCUGAAGAUGAAAAAGAUUCUGUUGGAAGAGAAAAAAGGUCUUCGUGACGAGGUCUACAAAUCAGCUUCUAGGAAAACAAAACCCUCCAAUGGGGCUAUUUUACACAUCCCUGACAAUGAGGUGUCAAGCAGCUUUGGCAAAGACGACUCCACGUAUAUGGCUCCUAUCAGUCAUUGCAGUGAAGACGACUCAUGGUCUUACUACUCUGAUGAGAACUCUUGCCAUAAGGCUGCAAGUAGUAGCCCUAGUAUGGCUGAUUCCUGGUCCAGCUACUCGGAUGAUGAGCCUUCCUUUGUGACUCCUGCCAGUAGUUCUGAAGGUGAUUCGCUGUCUAGCUGCUCAAAUGAGGACCCUUCCUUCAUGGGUUCUAAAAAUAUAAAUAUAUCAGCUAACAGCAGAAAGCGGGACAUCUCUGACAUCAAAGCCAGCACUUCAAAAAAGACUCGGAACACCCUGUGUUUUAUCUGCAAGGAGCACAUCAACACAAACCUGAGAACUCACAUGAAAACCCACUUUCCCACCGGUGAUUACGCCUGCCCUCGAUGCGACAGCAGGUUUAAACUCCUCUCAUCUCUGAAGCUCCACUUGAAUAGAACCUGCUUCGAGUACAGCCGACAACAGAUAGAUCCGCAGAAGCCGAACGAAGCUAAGAAUCUUUACAAAUGUGAGGAAUGCGAAGAGGCAUUCAGGUACCGAGUUUCUCUUGAAAGGCACAAACUGACACACAAUAAACUGUACUGCAAUGUAUGUAGGAAGGUUCUACGAGAUGCAGCAACAUUGGCAAGGCACAAGGCUUCUCACACACUGUUUCAGUGUAACCGCUGCGACAUGACGUUCACUCUUUUCAAACCCUUGCUCAGGCAUUGCCAAAACAUCCAUAAAAUCAGCAUGCCGUUUAAAUGCAACUAUUGCCCGAAAACGGUAUCCAAGCUGCGAAUUUUGAUCGCACACGAGUGGAAACAUACGGGCCAUCUACCUUUCCAGUGCCCUCAGUGUGCCUUGAGAUUCAAAACUGAUGGAGAUCUCAGUUCCCAUGAAAGAGUCCACACCAGAGAGAAACCCUACCUGUGCGCAGAGUGCGGUAAGACUUUCGCCCAGAAGUCCAACUUCAUGCGACACCUGAAUUUCAUUCACAGUGAGUCUCGAAAUGAGAGGAAGUAUUCUUGCAGCGAGUGUGAGAAAUCCUUUAAAGAGAAAGGAGCCCUGAAAAAACACCAGAGGACCAAACACUUAAAUGAAUUGUUCCGUCAUCCGUGCCCAUACUGUGGGAAGAUGGUCUCUUCAUCAACAAUGGCUAGACAUAAAUUAAUCCAUACAGGAGAGAAACCUUUCAAAUGCACUGUGCCUGACUGUGAUAAGGACUUCAGGUCAACUGCUGAAGUGAAGAAGCAUGUCCUCUUGCAUCAUAGUAUAGAGAGACCAUAUAAAUGUGGUGUCUGUGGUAAGGGCUUUAUACAAAUGUGUUAUCUCAACGCACAUGCUAAAAUACACUCAGGAGAAAAGCCAUUUGUUUGCCAUAUCUGUGGCAAGGCCUUCCUUAAGCUCUACAGCAUGCACAGACACAAAAAACUUGUACAUACUUUUGAAAAGCAUUAAAAAUGCAUGGCAGAAACAUUGAUGGAGUACUCAGGUACUUAAUGUAUAGAGUAAUAGCUGCCUAACCUUUCACAUGUGAACAUGACUUUUUUUUUGAACUAUUAAAGAAAUAAAGCUAACGGUUCUGAAUGGGUGUAACAACAGAGUUGAGCCGUUUCCGUGUGGGUUUGUUGGGACCGUUUAACAUCUCUGUGUUGGAUGUUAGCAGCUGCUUCUAUGUAAGCUUGUGCUAACUAAGAUGAUGUUGUACGGUGCCAUGCCAUUGUUCCAGUGGACCAAAAUUCUAAAGCCCAUUAGUCCAAAUAAUGUCCCAUUGGAUCAUUUCUCUGACAGCCCAUUAUUCCCGAAACAAAUGCCCAUUGCUCUUAAGUCCCAUUUCUCCGAAAAUACACACUCACUGCAGUUAGUUUCAGUUUCAUUGUAGCGUUUGAGCAACCAAUCUUGGGUGUUUCUAUCCACCCUACAUGGCGUAUCCCAGCGGCGUUUGAGGCGCUGAACCUAGAUGUUUUUCACCCUGCUUUUCCAGCAACUUUUGUGUGUGGGUGUUUAAAGCCAAAACACAAUCUAUUCCUACCUAUAACCAAGUGGAUUUUGUACUUGAACUUAACUGCACAUUCACCACAGAAUUGUUGACAAAUGUAACAUCUUCAUGGUUUAUUCAAUUGGCGGCUUGCGGGCCACAUCCGGCCCAGAAGCAACCUAUGAGUGGCCUGGCUAGGAAUUGGUACUGAGACCCGGCAUUAAACAGCCCGGGGCAAAAUGAAUCAAGACAGUAGUAUUAAUUAGCUCUGCCGCUAUCUGCUCUUUUAUCAUUACUUUUUGAAGUUUUGGUUUUAUGUAUCAUCAUGCUGCAGACUCUCUCCUGCUCUCUGCAUGCUGACCUCCUCCACACACACGCAGACACACACAAACAUGAGAGUGAAGUCAGACAACGGUAGAGAGGCCGCAGUGCAGAUGAAAGGAAUAUAACUUAAAGAUAACUCUAGUUGACAGUUUUUUUAAUUUCAAAUGUGACACGAAAAACAUUGCAUAACUGCAGGGAGUGUGUAUUUUUGGAUUAACAGGACUUUGGAGCAAUGAGCAUUUGUUUAAGCAUAAAUGGCUAUCAGAGAAACUGGCUUACAAACAAAUGGGAAAUUUUGGAAGUCCUGACCAGAAGAAGAAAGUGGCUAAGAAGAUGGUCCUUCAGUACUGCUUCUAACCUAUGUAAUGGCAGCAACACAAAAUUGACUGAUUUUUCCUGAUACUAACUUUGACUUCAUUGUUUAAUAGGCUAAUUGAGAUAUGGUUGUUCAAUAAAAGAAUUUCGGAUUG